AUGACCAAAUUCAACGAGAAAUCACAACAUCGAUUUACCAGGCUUGAAGGCGUCAACUUGUCUCUUAUCGACCUCGAAACCCUCUCAUUCCGCAACACCAACUGCGUCAAAUUUGUCGUUUCAGGAACCAUCCACGAGUCCACCAUUCUACAAGCGAUCCUCGUCCUACUUUGCGAACAGUUUGGCAAGGAGAUUGAGCAGAACAAGGGAACCGGAAGUACAAAGAACAUCAAACUCGCUGCGUUCGAUCCAUUCAUUGACGCGGACGGUCUACUUCGAGUAGGUGGUCGACUACGACACGCGAAAAUUCCUGAUCGUCAGAAGUACCCGAUUUUGUUGCCCUCCUAUCAUCACGUGACCGAUCUUAUCAUUAGGGAAGUCCAUCAUUCUUUGUUGCACGCGGGAAUUCAAGGCACGCUGUAUAAGAUUCGCCAACGCUUUUGGUUGUUAGAUGGUAAGAAUCAGGUUAGGCGGAUCGUCAGGCAUUGCAUUACAUGCAUUAGGCAUCAACCCGUGAAUCUUCAGGCCAAAAUGAGCGACUUGCCGCGACCGCGUGUCCAACAAAAUGCGGUUUUAAAGCACGUAGGCGUUGAUUAUUUUGGGCCAAUCAACAUAAUGGAGAAGAAGUUCCGAAAUCGAGUGAUUUUACCAGCUUACGGUUGCGUUUUUAUCUGCAUGCCCACAAAGUCCGUCCACAUCGAAAUAGCUAGCGACAUGACCACAGAAGCGUUUCUUGGAUCGUUCAAGAGGUUUAUAGGGCGACGAGGAAUCCCAUCGCACGCAUACUCAGAUCACGGAACCAAUUUCGUAGGUGCAAAUAAUAAGUUACGCGAAAUCUUCAACCUAGUCCACUCAGACUCUUUCCACGAUACAAUCAGCAGUUACGCUGCGAAGCAAAACAUCAAAUGGCAUUUCAAUCCGCCAGUAACACCACAUUUCAGUGGGAUUUGGGAAUCCGCGGUAAAAUCGUUCAAACAUCAUCUCAAACGCGUUAUCGGAAAGAAAGUGCUUACCUUUAAACAACUCAAUACCCUUUGCAUCGAAAUCGAAUCAAUUUUAAAUUCGCGACCUAUCAGUCCAAUAUCAAGCGAUCCAAACGACCCAUUAGCGCUUACACCCGCGCACUUCCUUAUUGGUCGUCCUCUUACGAUGUUGCCUGAUCACGAUUUGACUUCCGUUCCAGAUAACCGACUACCAGCAUGGAAAUUCGUUGUGAAGGCACGGCAGGACUUUUGGAAACGGUGGCAUUCAGAAUAUCUUAACGAACUUCAAAAAAGGACAAAAUGGCUCGAGGGAAAGGGAGAAAUCAAGGUCGGAUCUGUUGUCAUCUUAAUGGAGAAAUCUCAGUCGAAUUGUCAUUGGCCGCUGGGAGUGGUCAUCAAGGUGUAUCCUGGGAGCGAUGGUGUCGUCAGGGUCGUCGACGUCAAGAUAAGAAAUGGAAUAUACAAACGAAACAUCACCGAUCUGUGUCCAUUGCUCGAAAAUCAAUAA